AUGGAGCAGAAGAGCGUAUUGUUGUCAGCUUUAGGUGUUGGUGUUGGACUAGGGAUUGGGUUGGCAUCUAGUACGAGUUUGGGUAGAUGGGCAAACGGGUCGGGUUCAGUAGAAGACGGACUCACCGGAGAACAGAUUGAACAAGAGUUGGUGUUACAAAUUUUGGAUGGGAGAGAGAGUAGUGUCACCUUCGAUGAGUUUCCGUACUUCUUAAGCGAGAGAACUCGAGUGUUAUUGACAAGUGCAGUUUAUCUUCGUCUAAAAGGGUCUGAUAUCUCAAAGCACACUCGGAAUUUUGCACCUGCAAGUAAAGCCAUUCUACUUUCCGGUCGUGCAGAGUUCUAUCAGCAAAUGCUUGCAAAAGCUUUGUCACAUAGCUUUAAAUCAAAGCUAUUGCUGUUAGAUUUAAAGGAUUUCUCUAUCAAGAUACAAAGUAAAUAUGGAUGCACUAUGAAGGAACCUUUUCACAAGAGGUCUAUUUCUGAGCUAACGUUCAAUAAAAUGUCGAGUUUGAUGGGUUCCUUUUCUAUGCUCUCUCAAAGCAAAGUUGAUCCAAGAGGGAUUCUAGCUUCCAGCAAAGGCAGCACAAAUCUAUGCUUCGACGAGAAACUUUUCUUGCAAUCACUUUACAAGGUGUUGGUCUCUGUAUCAGACAAAAAUCCGCUAAUAAUAUACCUCAGGGAUGUUGAGAAGCUUCUUGAGUCAGAAAGAUUCUACAAGUUGUUCCAGAGGUUGUUGAACAAUCUCUCUGGUCCUGUCUUGAUUCUUGGCUCAAGAGUAUUAGAAUCCGAAUAUGAUUACCAAAAAGUAAGCGAAGGAACAUCGGCUCUCUUUCCUUACAACAUCGCAAUAAGACCACCAGAGGAUGAAUCUCAGCUCUUGAGCUGGAAAGGUCGUUUAGAAGAUGACAUGAAGAUGAAUAUGUUUCAAGACAACAAGAACCACAUCGCGGAUGUUCUUGCUGCAAACGACAUCCAAUGCGAUGACUUAGCUUCAAUAUGUCAUGCGGAUACAAUGUGUUUGAGGAACCACAUUGAAGAGGUUGUGGUUUCUGCAAUCAUUUAUCAUAUGGCACACACAAAAGAACCGGAGUACAGAAACGGGAAGCUUGUUAUAUCUUCCAAAAGCUUGUCUCAUGGUUUGAGUAUAUUCCAAGAAGGUGGAACCAAAUCAUCUGAAGAGAAGCUUGACACAAACAAUGAUAAUGAGUAUGAGACGCGUAUACGAUCAGAGGUCAUACCAGCAAAUGAGAUUGGUGUAACAUUUGCAGAUAUUGGUUCUUUGGACGAAACAAAAGAGUUGCUUCAAGAACUUGUGAUGCUUCCACUUAGAAGACCUGAUCUCUUCAAAGGCAGUCUUCUCAAGCCAUGUAGAGGAAUCUUACUCUUCGGACCGCCAGGUACUGGCAAGACAAUGCUUGCAAAGGCAAUUGCAAAUGAAGCAGGAGCUAGUUUCAUCAAUGUCUCCAUGUCUACAAUCACUUCAAAAUAUUUUGGAGAAGACGAGAAGAACGUGAGAGCUUUGUUUACUUUAGCAGCUAAAAUAUCUCCAACGAUUAUAUUUGUGGAUGAAGUGGAUAGUAUGUUGGGACAAAGGACAAGAGCUAGAGAGUCGGAAUCCGCGAGGAAGAUCAAGAAUGAGUUUAUGUUGCAUUGGGAUGGAUUAAUGACUGAACCAGGUGCAAGGGUUCUGGUUCUUGCAGCUUCAAACAGACCCUUUGAUCUUGACGAUGCUAUCAUUAGGAGGUUUGAGCGCAGGAUAAUGGUCGGACUUCCUUCCAUUGAGAGCAGAGAGAAGAUCUUGAGAACUUUGUUGUCGAAAGAAAAAACGGAUGAUCUUGAUUUUCAUGAGAUUGGACUGAUGACAGAAGGCUACAGUGGAAGUGAUCUUAAGGUUUAUAUCAUAUCUUUAGCUCAAAAAUCUUGUGUCAAAUCCUGGAAACUGACUGGUUGUUUAACAUUUGUGCAACAGAACUUGUGCAUCACAGCUGCGUAUAGACCGGUUAGAGAACUGAUUCAGCAAGAGAUAUUGAAAGAUCAGGAGAAGAAGAAAAGAGAAGAAGCAGGCAAAGGCAAAGAAGUAGAAAAAUCUUCUGAGGAGAGAGAUAUUGUUUUGAGACCUUUGAACAUGGAAGACAUGAGAAAAGCUAGAAACCAGGUAGCAGCGAGUUUUGCAUCAGAAGGAUUUGGAAUGGAUGAGCUGAAGCAAUGGAAUGAUUUGUAUGGAGAAGGAGGCUCAAAGAAAAAGGAACAGCUCAGUUAUUUCCUCUGA